UGGUGAUGAUACACGCAAGAAUUUUUCUCUAGACCAAGGGGAGUUGCGUUCAUCUUGCUCAGCAGCUCCGGGCAUGUGGGAGCACAGGAUAGGAUUUCUGUGGGAGCUACUCCCACGUUGCUGCUGCUGUCCAUUAAUGGCGGCCGGGUGCAAUUUUCCACUCCAUAAAAUCCACCCGGAUUCCUCCUCCCGCGAAACCAAACAACCACCAACCCAACCAAACCAAACCAACCGCCAUGCCUCGCCCCCUCCUCCUCUUCCUCCUCCUCGCCGUCGCCGGCGCGAAGCCGACGGCGUACGAGGUGCUGGAGUCGUACGACUUCCCCGUGGGGAUCCUCCCCAAGGGGGUGACCUCCUACACGCUCGACGACUCCACCGGCGAAUUCACGGCGACGCUCGACGUCUCCUCCUCCACCUGCAGCUUCUCCAUCCAGGGCUCCUACUCGCUCCGCUACGACCCCACCAUCACCGGCCGCAUCUCCACCGACCACCUCACCGACCUCCGCGGCGUCUCCGUCAAGGUCCUCUUCUUCUGGCUCAGCAUCGUCGAGGUCACCCGCCGCGGCGACCAGCUCGAGUUCUCCGUCGGCAUCCUCUCCUCCGACUUCGCCGUCGACAACUUCCUCGAGUCCCCCCAGUGCGGCUGCGGCUUCGACUGCGAUGACGCCCUCUCCUCCUCCUCCCUCCUGCCGCCGCUCCAGCCCCACCAGCUGCGCCUGCGAGGUGCGUUCUAGAACCCCCCCCCCCCCUCCUCCCCCUCCAAGCUGCAGUGACGUCAUCAAUGGUGGGGACUAUUAUACAAUUAGUAUAAUAGUAACUAGUACUACUAGAACUGAUGCCCAAUUAGCUGUCUGAAUAAGAGGGAAAUGUCCCAGCUUUUAGAUGGGACUCACCAGUUCAGAACACCAUCUCAAUCGCAUAUGUAUGGGUGGGUUCUUUGUAUCAAGGCAGCUCAUAAACAUGGAUAUUGGAAUCAGUAAUAAGGUUUCUUCAGUUCUAAACUCAGUUUGAGCUCCUCCCUGUUCUGUACCUUGUAAAUUCAGUACAAGUUGCAGGGUAAGAGACUUUUUAUAUUAUCAAUCAGUGGCUAAAAUUGUUUCUUCAGUUGAAUCCUAAGGCUUGUUUAGGAUGCAGUGAUUUCACUUAGAUUUUUCACAUGAAAACAACUCAAUUCUCAGUGGACUGAGGAAAUUCCUGUGUGCCAGCUAUUUGUUGUUCUGUACCAACCUUCUGAUAGUUUGAAGGGCUGUAUAAAUUUGCCUUUCUGAAGAGCAACGGGUUCUGUUCUGUUCUGGAAGUGUUUAACAGAGCUGAUAUCAAUAAUGUCUUACUAUAUCUGACCAGUAAGUCAAAUUGAUUUCAUCGCUGUAGAGCUUAGUUUUGUUUGUACUAGUUAGGAAUUUGUGGUGACAAGGAGAAUUACA